GGGCGGGGGAUGAGAAGGGGCUUUCUCUCUCUCCUGGUGUCCCGUCCGACAGAUAAAACCGCUGACUCGCUUCACGGCUGCUUGCGGGCACGUGGCUGUGCGCAGACCGGGCUACCGCCUUCGCCCGCGAAACGUACAGUCACUACACUUUGCAGUGAAUCCUGUGAAGCGCUUUGAGACAAUAUUGCUGAGAGUUAUUAAUAGUAUUGCUAAUAUUGUGCGUCACAGUUAAAGAGAAGCUGACAGCAGACCCAGACAGCGAGAUCGCCACCACAAGCCUUCGGGUUUCCCUCACGUGUCCGCUGGGGAAGAUGCGUCUCUCCAUUCCCUGCCGGGCGACCAGCUGCUCACACCUGCAGUGUUUCGACGCGGGCCUGUACCUGCAGAUGAACGAGAAGAAGCCGACCUGGGUGUGCCCCGCGUGCGACAAGAGGGCACCGUACGACAGCCUCAUCAUCGACGGGCUGUUCAUGGAGAUCCUCAGUUCCUGCACUCACUGUGACGAGAUCCAGUUUAAGGACGACGGCUCCUGGUGUCCGAUGCAACCCAAGAGGGAGAAGGAAUUCUGCGCAGCCUCCUACACCCGCACUGAUGGAACUGGUGUUGUGUACAAACGUUCUCUCGGGGACCGUCGGUACUUCUCAAAGAGCAACAAGAGCUCGGAGGUGAUCGACCUGACGCUGGACAGCUCCUCCGACGAGGACGAGGAUGAGAAGCCGCCACUCAAGAAGCUGUGCCCGGUCACUGCCAGCCUGGUGCCCUCAGCUCUCAGCAAACAGGUCGUGAACCUUCACCACGAGCCAUCGUCAGUGCUUCGCCGGCCACCCGUCACCUCGGUCAGCGCUGACUACCUGUCUUCCCUCACCAUCCCCGAAUACCACCCGGCCUACCAGAUACCCACCCUGCCCUCCGACAUACAAGGCUUGGAGCUGUUUUCCUUCCUACAAGCAGACAAUCAGCACCUCAGCAGCUCAGUGAUCAGCCACUCGGAGGAGGAGCAGGACCUCCUGCGCUCUCCCCUCAGUCAGUUUUUCCAGCUGAGCUCCUCGGGCUCCUUCCUGGAGCCGGUGCUGAUCGCGGCCAGCAGUGCGUACAGCUCAGGCGCUGCUCGCCUCAGGGACCCCCACACCAGGCCGCUCGGAGGAGCCAUCCAGGACAUCAUCUCUUUGGACUGAGGGAGUGGAGCGAGUCCCAGGCCCCCUAUUUUCCCCCCCCACCCAAUGUAGGCCGUACUGUCGUGGGGG